AUGUCAAGCAACACAUCUUCUGCCGCGCAAAAGGCACCGCCAGCCUCAGCGCACGUCGACGACGCUGACGAUCUGGACGAUCUCGAUGAUGUAUUGGACGAGUUCAACGCGCCUUCUAGCUCGGCGGCAGCUCCCAUAGCUGCCGCAACGGAGUCGACAGCAAAGUCUUCAGCUCCGGCCGCUGCUCAACAGGACACCACAACAGGCGCAGCUGGUCUGGCCACAGAAGGCGAAGACGAUGCAGGGCUGGACGAUAUGCUCUCGGAAGACUUUGCCAAGGAGCUGGCGCAAGGCAUGCAGGCGUUGAUGAAGGAGCUCGGUGGGCAAGCCAACGCCGACGGCGAAGGGCUCAUGAGUGGCGCCGGGGCCGGCGCGGGAGCAUCUGCAGGCGCAGCGGGCCAGGAGUUCAACGAACAGGAGCUGAUGAAGCAGUUUGAAGCGAUGAUGGCCGGGUUUGGUGGUGGAGCUCCUGCCUCGUCGGACGCUGGUCCCUCGACUAGAUCCGCCGCUGCUCCUGCCGCUUCAGCAAACCCGAGCAAGCCGGGCAACUUCAACGAUGCGAUCGCAGCGACCAUGGCGAAGCUCAAAGAAUCCGACACCUCUGCGACCGCCGAUUCUGCUUCCGCCUCGAACCCCUUUGCCGGUCUCUCGGGCGCAGAAGGCGAGGAGAUGGCGAAACUGCUCGCGGCUCUUGGGGGCAACGGCGAUCUCUCCGGCCUCGACGGUGCAAUGGACAACCCGGAACUCACCAAGAUGCUCGAAGGCAUGAUGGACGAGCUCAUGUCCCGAGACAUCCUCUACGAACCGCUCAAGGAGCUACGUGACAAGUACCCCGCCUACCUCGCCGGCCCCGAUUCGGCAGGCAUCUCAGCCGAGGACAGGAAGCGCUACGAAUUGCAGAGCAAGUACAUCGACCAGAUCGUCAAGAUUUUCGAUGAGCCUGGAUACGAUGCUAAGGACAAGGUCAAGGCGGAGCGCGUGCAGGAGCUCAUGAACCAGAUGCAGGACUGCGGCAGCCCGCCCAAGGAGAUCGUAGGAGACAUGCCCGCUGAAUUGGAGAACCUGCCUGGAUUUGGAGGAGGUGGUGCCGGUGGGGAGGAGUGCACCAUUAUGUAA